AAUUUGCACAGGUGUAGCCUCAAACCUGUUGUCCCCAUGGAUUUCCAAGGAGAGCAGCUCAAGGCAUGCCUCACCUUCUCUAUCGUUCAUCAGGAAUUUUUGAGUCUCUUCUGCUGGUGAUAAAGGUUUUUGUGAUGUUUGGAGACUUAGUCUUGUUCCUGAUUAAGUUUCCCACAUUAAAGUCAUCGCUGUUUGAUACAGACUUUGAGAUACCACUUAAUUCUUGAUGAGAAUCAGCAUUGACUCCCCAGGUCAUAGAGUGCCCCAAAUGAAUAUCAGAACAGCAGUCCUCACCCUCUGCAAAAUCACCUCAAAUACCUCAAACUUAAGGACUUCCUUGUUGUUGGUGAAAAUGCCAUAUAUAAAGAAGACAUCUGGAAAAAGAGGUCCUGUGAAGAGGAAGCUUGCAGAAGAGUUUGCUCCUGGAGAGGUGUUAACAGACACAUCAAAAAAAGAGUGGAAAUUAGGCAUGCCUAUAGGGCAAGGUGGCUUUGGAUGCCUAUAUCUUGCUGAUGUUAAUUCUUCAAAAUCGGUUGGCAGCGAUGCACCCUACGUUAUAAAAGUGGAACCCAGUCAGAAUGGACCUCUUUUUACUGAAUUAAAGUUCUACAUGCGAGCUGCUAAACCAGAGCAAAUUCAGAAAUGGACUAGUUCCCAUAAACUGAAGUACCUAGGUGUACCGAAGUACUGGGGCUCUGGCUUGCAUCAAAAAAAUGGAAACAGCUAUAGGUUUAUGGUAAUGGACCGAUUUGGGAGAGAUCUUCAGAAAAUUUAUGAAGAGAAUGCAAAGCAGUUUGAACACAAAACUGUCUUAAAAUUAAGCUUGAGAAUACUUGAUAUUCUGGAAUAUAUCCAUGAACAUGAAUAUGUGCAUGGAGACAUCAAGGCCUCAAACCUUCUCCUGAGCUACAAGAAUCUUAAUCAGGUGUACUUGGUUGAUUAUGGCCUUGCAUAUCGAUACUGUCCAGAAGGAGUGCACAAAAAAUAUAAAGAAGACCCCAAAAGAUGUCAUGAUGGUACAAUUGAAUAUACUAGUAUUGAUGCACAUAAGGGUGUGGCUCCAUCAAGACGUGGUGACUUGGAAAUUCUAGGUUACUGUAUGAUUCAUUGGCUCAGUGGCCAUCUACCAUGGGAGGACAAUUUAAAAGACCCCAACUAUGUUAGAGAUUCAAAAAUUAGAUAUAGUGAGAAUAUUACAGAUUUGAUGAACAAGUGCUUUCCUGAGACAGAAAAACCAGAUGAAAUAGCCAAGUACAUGGAAAAGGUGAAGUUACUGAGCUAUGAAGAGAAACCUCUUUAUCAGCAUUUCCGAGAAAUACUUUUGCAAGGUCUUAAGGCUAUUGGGCAAAAGGAUGAUGGCGUACUGGACUUCAGUUUUUCAGAGAAUGGAGAUUUGCGAACCAAGCCUGUGCAAAAGAAGAAAAGAAAAGCAGCGGCAUCAGCAGCAGCCACAACAGAGGAAAGCACUGGAACAGACAUGGAAGAUGUGGAAAGUCCACGAAAGAAGAGACCUGCUCGUUGUAAUUCAGAAGCCACGAAAACACGGAAGAAGAGUUCGCCGAAAGGCACAAGAACCAGAAAGAGAGUCCAGAAGUAGAAGAACUAGAAUAAUGUGCUCUUUUUCUUUGCUUCGCUUUGUUCGCCUACUGUAGCGCUGAAAUCUUUGCUUCUCUUUUUAAUGUUUAUUUUUACAGGAUUUGAAAAAUGGCUGUGCUGUAGUUUGUACCUUGUUUGGAAGAAUAAAUGUUUUAUUAAAGUGUAUUUGUGUACUCAUGUACAAAAAUACUACUCAUAAAUGCAGAAAUUUUCAGGUUUUGAAGUGAGGUUGUUUUUAAUAUUUGCAUAUUUUUUAUGCUUUUUGAAGAAACCUGAAGAGAAAAUUGUGCCUCUUUUGCUCCUUUAGGAUGUAGCAAGAAAACCUGAAACUGUAGACAAAUGAUUUUUUUUCUGCUUGUUGUUACCUUAAAAAAGCAAUAUCACAUCCGGUCUUCCUUGUUUUUGCAUGAAGACUUUUUGGAGGCAUGAAAUAUAGACUUAGCAUUAACUGGAGGGGAGAGAAAGGGAUUUUUGAUCAUUGCAUAGACAUCUCUUUUUUUCAGGUAUUUCUCAAGUGUUUGAAUUAAAUAAACAUUAAACAAAACAGAUUUAAACAGUGAAUAAAAAUCACUUUCGUUCUGAAGCGUGGCGUACACAACAAAAUUUAACAGCGUGAACAUAGUUUUGAGCAAUCAUGUUAGCUGUUUCAUCUUGCAACUAAGCUGUAUUCAGUUAGUGUGCAUUGCUGAAAACCAUUUUUUGACUUGUGUAAAUUUCAUAAGAUAAGUUUUACUUAAUCAAGUUUCAUUUGAAUGGUAUUUAUCUUUGUAUCAGUUCUCCAGUUAUUCAUUGUCUUCCAGGACGGUGAGUAGGCAAGACCAGAAUUUCUGCCCCCAGGAAUCAAACACACCUCAGGUUUUCUUUUUAUAUCCUAGGGAAGCAAGAAAGGGUACAAAAUUCAAUUUAUCCUCUACUUGGACACCUUUUUCCAAUAAAAACUUGGCUCUCA